AUGCCAAGUGAAAGGUUGAAAAAUAAACGUGAGCGCUUGUGCUCGUGGUGCUCAAAGUCCUUUACCAAGGACGAGCACCUGGCGCGCCAUGUGAGAACACAUACAAGGGAGAAACCCUUCAUCUGCUCGACUUGCAGAAAGCCGUUCAGUCGUCACGAUUCACUUUUGCGACAUAUGAGGUGUCAUCCUUCCAGUGCUCCGCAGGAGGGGUUAACAGCGAGACCCGCAAGGGACAGCGCGAAUGAUGCGAUGCAGAAAUCCCACGGAAAUAAAAUAUCUCCGUAUGGAAGAUCGCAUGUAUUGAGGGAGCCCCCGACACCUCCGCCUCAGCCUUCUUCAGUCGGAGCUGAGUACACAGGUGGCAUCAGUACUCGAUCGACAUCGUAUCCAUUUGCUAAUGACCAAGCUACAGCCAUCUCCAAUUUUGAAGAGGUUAGUUCAAUAAACCCUGAAGAGCAAGGAGAAGCUGUCCCGGGGUUUCCAACACCUGGGUCUCAAUCUCAUCUACCCCCUCUUGAUUCCUCCUUCGCCGAUCUCAGUCAGCAUGGAUCUUGGAUGUUUGAAGACUCCAAUAUCCAAAUACCAGCCUGGUUUGCAGAUGACGACUUUGACUUGAGCGCUUUGAAUUCUGAAAUUCUGAUGUCAACCACAAACUGGCUUCCGGGACAUCUAUCCAAUCCUCAGAAUGAACCAAGUGGACCCGCUCUACAGCCUCCGGAGGAAGACAACGUUCCAUCACGCGAAGAGCUUAUACGCACCCACUGGCACACUUAUAUGGGCCCUACAUGGCUAGGCCUAUCUAGAACUGGUCACAUAACUCCCGAGAUGAUACCCGAACAAACACAAGUGGACGAAGCCUACCGAGCAAGCCUGGCUGUCAAACUUCAACCCGACAUACCAUUUUUACCUCUUCCAUCAACAGACUUCUUGAAUCUAUGUAUCCAAAUGUAUUUUACCAAAUUCCACCCCGUCUUUCCGAUUGUUCAUGCACCCACUUUUCGCCCAUCAUCGAAAAGCUCUUUACUAUUACUCUCUAUCUGCUCCAUUGGCAGCCUGUUUGUGGGAUCUUCUUAUGCUGCAUCUCAAGGAACCAAAAUAUUCGAAACGCUGAACAAAGCAAUUUUAUCGUCGUGGGAGGGUUACUUUGCACGCCAAGGAACCGAAACAAUAGCUAUGAUUCAAGCAGCUCUUAUUGGGCAAACAUUUGGGUUGUUGUCUGCAAGACAGAAAGAUUUGCUCGUUGCCCAGACAUUCCACGGAACUCUUGUCGUAUGGGCGAAAAGAGCCACGGGCUCUCAAAAAGCGAAGAAAGCAUCUGAUUAUAUCGGUUUAAGUGACAUUUCACAAAAUCCCGAAAAAGCAUGGAAGACAUGGAUUCAAGCAGAAGAAAGAAACAGGCUUCUUGCGGGUAUUCAUGUUCAUGAUAUCGAGAUUUCGGAACUGUUCCUCGCAGAUCCAUAUUUUCGCCAUUCUCCAUCCAAAUUACCGCCCUUAUCCGACGACGACCUCUGGCUGGCAAAAACAUCCAAGGAAUGGGCGCAUAAAAUGACUUUUCAUAUCUCACAUUCACAAUCGUACGCUAGCAAUUCACGACCAUUAACAAGGAGUGCCGAUGAGCCGAGGUUAUCGAACUCAAUCAGCCCGUUCAACGGAUUUUCUACAUACUUGGAACUUGGAAGUCUUGCAGCUUCGGCCGUGGAAGCUAAAAGCACAAACAACACAGCGCAGCAAAAUUUCUACGAGGAUGCUAUGGUGAAUUUCUACGAUUCGAAAAUUGCAUCAAGGGGAAGCCAAACUACAGAAACCUACUUCCUAACAGUGCUAUGGCAUUCUGCUUUCAUUUCAUUAUAUGCAGACACCAAUUGCAUAGAACUGGCAAUUGGGAAGGAAGGCCUCGCUGAGUCUGAACUACACAGAGAACACAUACGUGAAUGGGCUUCAUCUACAAAUGCACAGCGGUGUGCACUCCACGCAACACUCAUCCUCCACGAACUACAAAAAAGCCCAAUCGGCACAGAGCCUCCAUUACAUGUUCCUCGAAUCGUGUUUCGAGCAGCACUUAUAUGGUUCUGCUAUACUGAAUUUGGCUCGACAAUGUCAAUUAAUCGCCAUUCAAGUGUAGAAUUCCCCGAAUUGCAAAAGAUCGGGAUUAAUUGUCAGCGGUUGACAUUCGAGGCCAAUGGGUUCAAGGUGCUACGGCCUACUAUUUCAGAAUCGAGUACUCUUUGUGGCCUCCUCGACAUUCUACCUCGGGUUGGACAUUGGGGUAUUUCUCGGCUUUUUGCUUCGAUAUUGAACUUGCUUGUACCGGAUACUAAGGAUGAUGAGAGGUUUCCGAGAGUGUGA